GCCUGUUUAAUAGUUGCUGUUGCAGCACUUCCGCUUCUCUCCCUGCGAGAGACACACGAGUGGCCAGGCCCAGCCGCACCGAGGAGGAGCAGCCAGACACAAAGGGAGAGGUUUGGGUGGAGCUAUAGUGGGGGGGAGCUAUGUCGGAUGACGAUUCAAGGGCUAGCACCAGCUCUUCUUCAUCUUCAUCCUCCAACCAACAGACUGAGAAAGAGACAAACACACCUAAGAAGAAAGAAAGUAAAGUCAGCAUGAGUAAAAAUUCCAAGCUCCUUUCCACCAGUGCAAAAAGGAUUCAAAAGGAAUUGGCUGAUAUCACUUUAGAUCCACCUCCCAAUUGCAGUGCUGGCCCAAAAGGUGAUAAUAUCUAUGAAUGGAGAUCAACAAUUUUAGGACCUCCAGGUUCAGUGUACGAGGGUGGCGUUUUCUUCCUCGACAUUACAUUUACACCAGAAUAUCCCUUCAAGCCUCCAAAGUAUUUGAAGCCUGGAGCCUCAAGAUGUGCACUAUUUCUUGCACUGGAAAAAGGAGAGUGGACAUUUUCUCCAAUUCUGUUUUCUACUUCACUAGCCAUUGCCAUUUAUUACAGAGCUGUGGAAAACAAGGGGAAGAGAAUCCAGCAAAUUAUUAUCUCCCCAUUUUCUUUUCCCAGGCUUACCUCCCAGGAGUUAUUCUGGAUACAAUCAAUUAUUCAAAUGAAUAAUUGUUUUUACUAAAUCAGACUUAAAAUACUCCAACUUCUUAAGUUAUUGUUUUCAGUAUAUUUUAAUCUUACCAUAAUAUUCAAGGAGGCUAUUCACUUGGAAUAAGAUGCUAAUGAACAUCUUAGCUGUCACCCUCAUAAACAUAAAAGUGUGGAUAGAUAUGUUACGAAGAUUCCAAAUUAAUUAUUUUAAAUGCGUGCCCUCUGCUAGCAAAUUAAAGCUUUCUAAUACAGAGUUUAGAAAUCAUGAUAAUACUCCAUAUUGCUGUAAAAUGUUGCUUAGAAGAGAUCCAUAUAGGUAGGUUACUAUUUCAGAAACUUUUGUCUCAUAAUUCUCCUAGUUCCUGAAGAAUUUAUUUUAAACUUUACCUAUUUUUAACCAUUAAAAAACCAUAAAGCUAUAAAAAUUAUUAACUGAAGAAAGUAUUAGAUAUAUUUAUUCUAAAUUAGUAUUUGGUAUUGACAACAUAACUUUCUUUCAAGCUAAAUUAUCAAAUACUAUAAAGAGAAAAAUAAUCUACCAACUACGUGAAACUCUUGGAAAUUCAGGGAAAUAUUGUAGAUGACUCAGAUAACUACAGACACCACGCCCCUACCCUCAACUGUAUAGGGAAAGUCAAGUUGUGCUAACACAGUGCUUUAAUAGGAGGAUAGGCAAGUUUGAGGAGUUGUAUAAUAAAUCAUAAACAUUCUUGCCUAAUGUCUCCUCCUGUCAUUCACAAUAUUUUUGUACUCAUCAUUAAGUAGCAUAGACAUAGGUACAUUGUAUUCUGACAAAAAGGAGAAUGUUAUCACAGAAAAUAUUUUCCUCUUUCUUAAUGAAUCCCAUAUCUCUUUUUCUCUCUUCCUUUUAUGUUUUUAUUUAAAUAUUUGAAUCAAUAUCAUACUAUCCUGUUUGUCUACUAGUCUUCAAAUUGUGCAAAUUAAUUUGAGAAUGGAAUUAGAAUGCUAUGUAUCACUCUUUUUACUCUAUCAAAUCAAAUGCUGCCAUUUGUGUUCUCCCUCUAUUUUUAUAGAUGUUUGCCUGUGGGCCCUUUCCAAGUAUAACAGUCAUCAUGUUUAGAACAAUCAUCAAUAAAAGAAAUGCAUUUGUUUUGCACAUUCAACAAUGGCUGGUAUUUAGAUACUGACAGCUUAUUGCCAGAGUUUUAGCUACACUUAUAGAGAGUAAAAUUGUCUUGUUCAUAUAGUUCUUCCAAACUAGUUUCGAAUGGCCAAAAUGCUAUCUCGGCAGAGAAACUUGUAUCAUAUAAUCCCAAAAGUACAAUUCAAAGUGCAUCAAUAGUAUGUUCUUCAACAACAUGGAAACCUGUGUAGUGUAUCCAUCCUUGCUCCACUUGAUUUCUCAGCAGCUUUUGAUAACAUCAAUCAUGAAUUGUGUCUUGCUGGAACAGCUUAGAUUGGCAAUGGAGAGUCAUAGUAUUGUCCUGCUUUUCUUCCAGUCAGUGUUGAUGAAGAGUGAGAGAUCAAACACUUGACUCUUGCAUUGUGAGUCCCUCAAGAGUUGGUGCUUUCUCUACUCCUCUUUAACAUCUACAUGAAACUGUUGGAUGAGAACAUCCAUCACAAUGGGAUACGAUAUCAUCAAUAUGCUAAUGAUAUUGAAUUAUACAUCUCUGGCCAUGGUGAUGCUGCUAUCGCCCUUUCUCACUUCAUUAAGCCUGUUAAGGUCUGGAUGGGAAGCAACAGAUUAAAACUGAACCCUGACAAGACAGAGUGCUUUUGGAUUUGGAGCCUCUUGGUUCUUGAAGAAUUACCAUUUUUGGUUGUGGAUGGAGUUGCACUCCCCCAGGCAGAUCUGAUGCAUAAUCCGGAGUUUCUCCUGGACUCACAACUCUUGCUCAAGAAGCAGGUAACAGUCAUGACCAGAAGGGCCUUUGCAUAUUGUGUGCCAUUCCUGGACCAUUGGGCCUUUCUCAUAAUCAUCCAUACCCUCUUCAUCUCCCAUUUGGAUUAUUGUAUUGCACUCUACAGGGGGCUGUCCUUGAAGAGCAACUGAAAGCUAUAGUUAACUCAAAAUGCAGCAGGAUGCAUGCUUUUUUGCAAGUCAAAAUUUGCAUGUCAUAUUUUCAGGAGCUGCGCUGGUUGCCAAUUUGCUUCUGGGUGCAAUUCAAGGUGCUGGUUAUCACUUUUAAAGUUUGAGUGCAGGAUAUUUGAUGAACUGCAACAGGGCAUGUUGUGGGUUCCAACUAUCAAGGAAGUACAUUUGUGGCACCCUGAAAAAGGGCCUUCUCUGUGGUACCUCCCUCAUUUUGGAACAUCAUUAGUCCAGAGAUAUGAUUGGCCUCAACCUUGUUUAUUUUCUGCAAGGCCUAGAAAGCAUAGUUUUGUCAGUGCUUGGGGACUCUAUUUGGAGCCAAUCAAAUAGAUUGUCUGAUUCUGUUGUUAUCACGAUAGAAUUGAGAAGGGGGUUUCAUUGUGAAUUUUAAACUGGAUUUUUAAUGUUGUAUCUUGCCCAGCGUUACAAAUCAAAAGUAAAUGGGUGACAACAAGUCAAUAACUGACCUGCUCUUUCUUUACAAGGAAGGCUGAUAGUGGCAUGUUUUAAUUGCAUUUCAAAUCCUUAAGAUUUUUUCACAGUGGUUUGUGAGUAUAAAUAGUUCGUUGAAUUUCUAUAGUUGUCCACUGAUCACAAACAGGCACAUAUACAAUUUAAUGAUGAGAAAAAAAAACAUCAUCUUUCAUCCUGCAUAACUUUUCCUACUUUCUUUGCUCUUGUUUCCCAAUCCCACCCCUUGCCACUCUGGGUAUGUGCUGAAUACAUUAAAGUCAGUGCAACAUUUUUCAUAAGAACCAAUACCUAUGCACCCUGUAGAAUAUUUGGGCUAAAAUGGUUUGACAAUUGGUCCCUAGAGAAAGAAAUGUGUUAAAUUGAUAGCAAAUCUAAAGCACUGUGCAUCGAAAAUGCAACAAGAGGUGUUCUCUUAAUCAGUACUUAUAGAAAAUAUUACUAAUUUCUGCCUUAAUAAAGUAUCUAUUUUUAGAAAGCAGAUGUUGCCUAAGUAUCCUGCCUAAAAUGGUGAAGAAAAUUAGCAAUUCUUUAAUACUGCAAUAAAUUGUCACCCUUUAAAGCCGUGUAAUUCCCAUGUAAUGCAAACAAUAGACACAAGAUGGCAGUGGUUCAGCAUAAAUUAAAAUGCUCAGAAUUUGUUUUUUCCCCUUGUAUGAUGGCUAGUUGAAAAGGAAGUAUUAAUAAUUUUUUAAAAUAAAAUUUAAGAAAUUAAAGCCUAAAAUAUAAUUACAUUAUUUGCUGUAAUAUUCAGAUUCAUGAACUGGGAAAUAUCCAAAGUAAGUUUGUACAAAUUAAAUCAGUCUCAAUUGAGGAAAAUUGAAGAAUAGUCCUGGGAGCUACAAAAGGUAACCUGGUAAAAUAUAUGAAGACUUCUGACCACUAGAAAGUGAGAUUUUGCAUCAUUUAUAUGAAAUCCAAAAACAUUUAUUGAAUUAAUGUAGAAAUAAAGUUAAUGUUAAUCCCUUUUCAAUGAAAAUCAGAUGCAGGAAAAUUGAAUUUUAAUGAUAUUGACUAAUUUAACAUCUGAGGAUUUUUCAACAUUAUUGUAAACCUAAGAAAAGCUUCAAUUGAUGAAAUUAGCAGGUAGGGUUUAGUCGUUUGGAAUUAAGAGAAAAAAAUAUUCGUGAAAAUCUAGCAGAAUGAGAAAUAAUAGAAAGUUGUCUGAUGCUAGAUUAGUAAUUUAUCAAAAAUUGGAAACUGUCUAUAAAUGAGUUUAGACAAAUUCAGUAUUUUAUUCAGAUGGCUUAGGGCCUAUCUGAAAAAAUGAGGAUAAACACAAUUUCCUUAUUUAUUUAUUUUUUAAAAAACUCUUCUC